AUCGUAUUAAUAAUACUGGUGUUAAGCAACAAAGAUCCACUUUGAUGCAUAAAGAUUCUACAGGUGUUAAUGAUAGAAGUAAAAACACCACUUUAAUGAAUUAUAUUCCUGAUGCUUUGAAUCAUGAUGUGAAAUAUCUUGUAAAUUGA